AUGCUCAGCGUUUCUCGAGUCGCUAGCCGCAUGACCGGCGUUGUCGCCCGCUUCUCGACCGGUGGACACGGAGACGGAGCCGGACGUGGUGGUGGCUCCGGUGGAUCGAUUCGCGAUGCCGGAGGCGCGUUCGGAAAGAUGGAGGCCGCCCGUGAGGACGAGUACUUUUACAAGAAGCAGAAGGCUCAACUCGAAGAGCUCCGCAAGCACAUCCAACAGGAGGUCGAUCAUCAUAAGAGCCAGUUGGAGAAUCACCAGAAGGUUCUCGACCGUCACCAGAAGCGCAUUUCGGAGAUUGAGGCCGAGGAGCGUGCUCUUGGAAAGGAAUAG